AUGUCAGUAGUGAGAAGAAUAGUUGCUUACGUUUGUCGCCUCAUUCGAGUUCUUGCCCAACGAGUGAAUGCCACAAGAAUCUCUCGUAUGAAGCUCUCACGAUUGUUGCGCAUUGAUUACAACAUCGACUCCAACUCAAUUAGUGGUACUGAGAUGGCCACUGCGAGUAAGAUACUGGUAAAACAGCAUCAACUCUCAUGUCUCAAUCCGCAAAUUAUGAAGUCGCUUCAUCACCUCAAUCUUCGCGAAGAUAAUGAUGGUAUUCUGCGCUGCUAUGGACGAAUGAGAUAUAGUGCCUUGCAACCUUCAGUGAUAUGCCCGAUGUUCGUCCUACAGAAGUCCCGGUUAUCCCAGCUGAUCAUUGAGGACUGCCAUACCAAGGGACAUCCGAGUUAUUGGAUUCCAAAACUACGAUCACAAGUAACGAGUGUGAUUCGUCGUUGCGUAGCAUGUCAGAAAUUCAACAAUCUUCCUUUCAAGUAUCCGGAACAACCGGUCCUGCCUUCGCGUCGAAUACAGCGAUCACGUCCAUUUGCUCAUGUAGGUCUCGAUUAUUUUGGACCACUCACCAUCAGCCUUACAUCGGAUACAACAGGAAAAUGUUAUGGCUGCAUCAUUACCUGCAUGGUCACAAGACUUAUUCAUUUGGACAUCGCUAGAGAUCUUUCUACGACAGCAUUUUUGCACGUUUUACGUCGAUUCUUUGCACGACGAGGUGUACCGGUAUCUAUAACCAGCGACAACUCUCCAACAUUUACGCUAGGUAAAACUGUACUGAAAGACUGCAGAAGAAACAUACGCAGUGAUCCAACGAUUUCAAGAAUGAUCUGCGAAAGAGAAAUCGAGUGGAGGUACAUUACCCCCCAUGCUCCAUGGCAGGGAGGAGUGUACGAACGUCUCAUAAGAUCCGUAAAGUUAGCACUUUAUAAGACGCUCCGAAAGAAAACACCUUCCUAUGAGGAACUAUCUACUGUAGUGAUCAAAAUAGAAGCAAUGCUGAAUACGAGACCGCUUCUCUACGUGGACUCUGGACCAAAUGCAGACCAAAUACUACGUCCAAUUGAUUUCUUGCAGGACGAGUUCGAAAUUCCGUUUCCACUAAACUCAGCAGAAGGAGACGGUGAAGAUCUUACAUACCUUCCAGCGGAUGAACGCGUCGCUCUUCAAUCAAAAAUGCACGUUAUCCGUGCAUUGAAAACUUCGUGUGAAAUACCAGAGAAGUUCUGGAAUAUUUGGCAGACCCAGUAUCUAACAUCUCUGCGUGAAAAACACCGAAGUGAGGUCGGAAAACAGCGAGGAAGCAGCUACCAUCCCGAAAAAGGAAAGCUGGUGCUGAUAUGCGACAACCUUCAACCGCGACAGUCUUGGAAGAUGGGUCGGAUUGUCGAGUUAAAGGAAACUACGGACGGCACAGUUAGAGAGGCAGUAGUUAUACUGUCCUCCCAUCGCAAGAUACGACGACCUAUAAAUCUACUCGUUCCCCUGGAACUUGAAGACGAUCAUACAAAAGAACACAAGGACGAUGAUUCCAGCUCUGCGAACGAAGUGAAGCAACACCAAACCAGGUCGUUAAGCAGCUGUCAGACAACACCACAACAAAUGAAGGUAGUACUAUGA